CAAGUUACUAGAGGUUUCGAUGACGGCGAUAGUCAGAAUGUGUCCUCAUCCCCUUUCGUCUUGCCGGCGACGUGCUUGUCACCACGCGAUCAAGAGUAUUCCAGCGCCGCAUGCACUCAACCUUCGAUGUCGAAGAACGGGUCCUCGGAAUCCACGCAGCUGGCAGGUCCAGCUCUCAGCCUACGCAACCCUUUGGGUCAUGAGCGCUGCCUACCUUCCCCGAGUCGCAUCCACCCUGGGCACCACAGCAAGCUGAGAGAAGCAUCGAAGCUUGGGAGGACUGGGCGUGCUAUCCUCGAGUGCUUCACCGGGUUGCGACAACACAGGGUUGCUCGUGCCGUGGGCCAUCUGCUUCGUCUUUCUGGCGACAACGAUAAAGCCGUUAUGUUGCACUCUCACAUCCUUCCGCCAGUAACGAAAACAGCGACGACGGGCGAUGUUGGCCACGUGCCAUCCACACUCUCGUCGGAACGACCGCUGUGGUGUGCUUGCUGCCGUGUCUGCAACACCGGUGAAGCUUUUGAAGCAGCAGAUAAUGGCGCCGUUAUCAAUGCCAGAGGGCCUACGGAGGUACCCCGCAAAGUGGCUGACGCUGAGGCACGUUACACGACCAUGGCGAUGCCCUCUCCGUCCUUCUGUCUGACGCCGGGACUCGGCAUUGGAUAUCGACAGUCCUUCAGCACGGCGAGCCGAGUAACAGCGACAAUAAGCACGGUUCUUGCAUCUGGACUGUAGUUGCAUGAUAGUUGUUGGGUCCGCUAAGAUCGGAGUGUCGGUGCUUCACCAUGUCGACGACGCCAGUUUAAGACGUAGGGUGUCGGAUGCCCCACCGCCCCUCAUCGAGCGAGUCGGGCACAACCCCUCACCGGUCCUCAUGAAACACGCCUGCCAUCCCUCCGUACACUACUGUGUACACUACACGCGUUAACAUGG